UUUGUAACAUUUUAGUUUUGUGAUGAUGCAUCCGAGUUUGAAAUUAAAACAGCUAACUUGUAACCAUGCCAAUGAAAAAAAAGAAAUUUUAUCACAGGAAAAGAAAACAUAAUUAUGAUAAGGCAGGAGUCAAAAGACUCUUAUCGCCAUUUAGUAAAUUUAUGUAUAAAUCAGUACGCGAAAGAAAAAAGUUAAAUGUUAUGGCAGACCGAAAUGGUAAUUUACACAAAGGAUUAUCUUAUAAAGAAAAAAGUUACAUAAUAUGUAGUUGUCAAAGCAAAUCUAGUAGAUACAAAAAACUAAAAAACAAAGCAGCGGAAGCUAUAAAAGAAAAGAAAAUAUUUUCCAUAUAUGGGAAUUGCAAUUCUGUACGGCAAGCUUUAUUGGAGAGAAAUUGGGUGGAGAAAAUUCCAUCAAAUCGAAUGAAUUUAUCUAAAAUACGAAAUGGAAGUUUUUCAAGUAAAACUAAAAUACAGAGCGAACUUGAGGGAUUACUUUUGUCGAAUUUUGUAGAAAAGCAUAAUCCAAACUUCAUUUGGCGCACAAGAGAUGAGCGCCGUUGUUCCGCCUCUCAUAUUAAGACAGAUUGUGACACAAUAAUUAACAAAUUGGAAAUAGAUGCCGUAUGGACAUCGAAGCAAGGCUUGUGCUCGUCAUUGAAGAGAAAUUAUUGGUUUUAUAUUGAAGACGUGGCAGAGGUUAUUGGGCCACGAACUUAUAAUACUUGUGAUAGUGGUGAAAUAGAAGGUUUUGUUAAGGAUUAUAAAAUUACGACUUGUACGAGCUUGUUAAAGUGGGUACUUUCUAUGGCUGCAAACGAGCGACCAGUUUUUGUUGCUACUGGUAAAAUUUCUAUGAACAUUAUAGUUUUCGCUUUAAAUCGAUGCAAAGAAUAUCUUUUUCGUAAACAGAACAAGGAUAUCGAUCAAUCUAUACCGUCUAUAAGUGCAGGACAGUGGCAUUCUUUCUUAAAAAAAUACUACAGUAUCAUAGCCAAAGAAGAAGUUUUUCAAGCUGACAGAGACAAUAAGCUGUCUUUAUAUUUAAGUUAUGCUAAGUUUUUGCUUAAAGAAAUUUAUAGGUACCGUCCUCAACUGAGCUGCGAAGGUUGUCACAAUAUUUGGAUAAUAAAGCCCGCAUAUUGUUCAAGAGGCAGAGGUAUAAGAAUGGCCUCAAAACUGGGAGUAAUUAUGAAUUUGUUGAAUAAAGCUAACGCAAAAUAUGUAGUCCAAAAAUAUAUAGAGGAACCGUUACUCAUACACGAAACAAAAUUCGACAUUAGGCAAUACUAUCUUGUGACGAGCACAUAUCCUUUAAUUAUUUGGAUGUACACCGAAUGUUAUUUAAAGUUUAGCUCUCAAAAAUAUAGUUUGAAAAACUAUCAUGAAUCUAUCCACCUGACUAAUAAUGCUGUGCAAAAAAAUUAUAAAAACUGCAAGCAACGCAACAAAGAAUUGCCUACAAAUAACAUGUGGGACUUGGACAAAUAUAAAUGCUAUUUGGCCAAAAUCGGCAAAGAUGAUGUUUGGCAAAAUGUUAUUUAUCCAGGAAUGAAGAAAUCCAUUAUAGGCAUAAUGUUGAGCUGUCAAGAUUCAUUAUCAGUGAGCAAAAACCGUUUUGAACUUUAUGGCUGUGACUUUAUUUUAGAUAAAGAAUUCAACCCUUGGCUAAUAGAAAUUAAUUCUUGUCCUGAUUUACGUAAUACUACUCAAGUUACAGCUAAAAUCUGUCCUGCAGUGGUAUCAGACAUAAUAAAAGUUGUAAUUGACUAUGCAAAGGACCCAAAAGCUUCAACGGGAAAAUUUGAAUGCAUUUAUCGACAGCCUAUAUCAUUACCACGAUACAGAAGUGCAGCAGAAUUGGUAGCGCGUGGUUAUUCUCUUCCAUUUGAAUAUUUUUACAGAGGAAAAAUACAAAUUCAAAGAUCAUUCGAUGGUCCAAACAUUACAAAAGAAAGUGAUAUUAAAAAGGUAUUAAAAAAAAUAAAGCAGUAUUAUGAUGAAGAUGAAAUAAUGAAACAACCACAAGAAGAUGAUUUUUUACUUAAUAAAAUAGAAAAAAAAACCUCCAAAUCUAUAUCAGGAAUCGAAGAGGCAACAGACGUAACAGAUGUUAUAAACGGUCAACUCGGAGAAUUAAGUGAUAGAAUUACGUCAGAAAACAGUUCAAAUUCUAAAUGCCUUCUCAAAAAAGAUUCACAACAGCAUUCAAAUCAAAUUCAGCUUAUUUCUAGCGUAACGAACAUUAAAUAUUUAUGUAGAAAAUCAGAAUCAAAAAGCUCCGAUAAUGAUCCUGGCGAAGGGGUACCUAAUGGAAAUAUUUUUAAGUUGGUAUAA